AAAAUGGAAAAUUUUGGAAAAAUCGCAGAGUUCAUUAAACAACAGCUAGCUACAAGUAAUAGUGAAUCUCGUAAUGAGUUAAUUUCUGGUCUCUUGGAAACUCUACGAGAAAUUAACCAGGAAAAAUUUGUUAUGCAACUCGUCUACAAAGGCGUCAUCAGUGAUUUGAUAAAAAAUAUCGAACCUGAAAAUAAAAGGGAUGGUCUAAAAUGUUUAGAAAUAAUUGUUAAAGCAGAUUCUUUUUACACAAACAACCUCACUGAUGAAGCAAUAUUGGGUAUUACAAAAUUACGGCUUAUAGAGUCUGCAGAAGAAGCAGCAACAGCUGUAAACAUCCUCAAUACAAUCGUAACGAAGUAA